GACAAUAAUUGUAAAGCUGGGGCCAUUGAUGACAUACCAUUCAGCUCUGUUCAACUUCAAUCAUAGGAAAACUCCAAGAGUAAAAAUUAAUGAUCUUGACGUCCAUGUUGGAACACAGAUCUAACAUUCAUUCAACAACUGCAAAGACAAAUUAACUGGUCUUCUUGGUUCUUCACAUCUAUCAGGAUAUCACAUCUCUCAGGAUAGCAUUCCAGCUCUGUUCAGCUUCAACUAGUAACAGCAGCUAUGGACGUAGUCUCGCCAAUACUGGAUCGUGCUCGUGCAAAAGUCAUCGAUAAAUUAAUUGAUAAAGUCAGUACGUAUGUGCAAGAUCAGUAUUACUGGAAAGCUAACUUGCAAGAAGAGUUGCAAAAUCUCAAACGCUUACUUCCUCAGAUCCAAGCAGUUGUUGGCUUUGCCGAAGAUAAAUUAACUAUGUAUGAAUCUCAUAAUCCAGCAUUAAUCAAGUGGCUGUGGCAGUUCAGGGAUGACAUCGACGAGGCCGAGGAAGUGCUGGAUGAGUUGGAAUAUCGUGAACUGGAGAAGAAAUAUGAUGGUGACAAAAGUAGGCUUUCUACAAUUAUUGACCCUUAUUUUAGAGCUGCAAAAAGAUUUCUGAAAAAUGAUGAUGAUGUUCUUGAGAGAUUAAGGACGUGCGUAGAGAACUUGAAAACAUCUGCUUCAUAUGUUGAGACAUUUCGGGCAUUGGUGACGCCAACAAGUGGCAUCGGCACUGGACAAAUGCAGCAGGAGCAGGAGAGUCUAACAUUGUCUAAUCAGAGUAGGAUCACCUCUUCUUUGCCUGGAUUAUCAUUCAAAGGACGUGAGGAGGAAAAAGGGAAAAUCAUUCAGUAUUUGCUGGGAGAAGAAUCUGAAAUUCAGACCAGUCAAAAUGUGCAUUGCCUUCCUUUGGUAGCGAUGGGUGGUAUGGGCAAGACUGCGCUCGCUCAACAAGUCUUUGAUCAUUUUGAAAAAGGAGAAGAAGGGACACUUCAACGUCAAAAUCUGGGUAUGUGACUCCUUACCUAAUCUCAAUGCAUCAAAUCUUAUGAAGAAAAUUCUGGAGUAUUCAACUGGACAAUCUGAAUCUGGGCCAUCUGAACUAAUACCAGUGAAGCUCAAGGAUAAGUUACAUUCUAAAAGAUUUUUACUUGUCCUGGAUGAUGCUUGGGAUGACAAAAAUCAUACAGAGUGGGAGAAAUUAUGUAUUCCAUUGCUACAUGGCCAAAAAGGUAGUUGGAUACUAUUAACAACUAGAUUAGAAUCAGUCGCAAAGAUGGUCUCAAAGAUAAUCAAAGGGGGCACAAUGAAGCCAAUGACAUUGCAGGGCUUACCAAAGGAUGAAUGUCGUUCACUGCUCUACGAGCAUGCAUUUGUCGAUCAAGACCCAAAUGAAUUCCCACUACUUAAAAAAAUUGGUGAAGAAAUAGUGGAGAAAUUGCAUGGCGUGCCUCUUCUAGCAAAGUCAAUUGGAGGAGCGUUGAACAAUAAACUGGAAGCAGAUCAUUGGACAAGCAUUUCGAGAAGUGAAUUAUGGAAAAUGUCACAAGAUUUAAACAACUAUGAAUUCAUUCCGGCUCUAACACUUAGUUACAAGAUGCUUCCACCGCGCUUGAAGCAGUGCUUUUCCUAUUGCAGCAUAUUUCCUCAAGAUUACACAUUCAAAAAGCAAAAAUUAGUGUGCAUAUGGGUGGCAGCAGGCUUAAUUUACUCAGAUGGAUCAGAGGAGGGUUCAGAUGAGGACAUAGCUAACUAUUGCUUUGAUAUGUUGUGCAACAAAUCUUUCUUUGAUGUUCAUACAAACAAAUGGAGUGCAUUUCAACAAGACAUUGCACCCUAUGCUUUAGAAGUCAUCUUUUACACCAUGCAUGAUAUGUUAAACGGUCUUUCUCGCCAUGUCUCGCGCUAUGAAUGUUGUCGAAUUGUGCAUGACACUCCCAGUUACAUUUGUGAUUAUAAUGCCAUCCGACAUAUAUCUAUAUCUAUUACCAGUAUAGAUGCUCAACUCGGUGAUCUAGCUAACAUGGUGUGCAAAUUCAAGAACUUGCGAACUCUUCGGAUAGAACAAUAUUAUGGAGAUUCUCAAAAAUUGGAUGAUUUUAUUCGAGAUGCUUGUAAAUCACCGAGGAGAAUUCGAGUAUUGACUAUUAGGCCUUAUAAGUAUUUUGAAAGCAUCAGUGACUUUGUAAAACUACGAUUUCUUGAAAUUACAACUCUACCACCAUCAGUAUCAAUCUCUAAGUUCUACUUCUUACAAGUUCUAACUGGAUACCGUGGCAUUCUGGCAAAAGACACAAGCAAGUUGAGAAACUUAAGACAUCUAUACAGAGUACCGGAGAAUGCACUUUUCUCAGUGGCUGAAGUAGGAAAGUUAACAUGCCUCCAAGAAUUAUGUUUCACUGUGGGCAUAGAACCCGGAUAUAGAAUUGAUGAGUUGAUGAAUAUGGAUAAUCUCCGCCAAUUAUCUAUUGCAAAACUUUCCAAUGUGCACAGUCUUGAAGAGGCCAAUAACGUCGACUUGGUCAGUAAAAGUCAUCUCACAAGCUUGGAAUUGAAUUGGUAUAAGCCAGACUUGGAUGAAGCAAGUAGUAAUCUUGGCCAUGAUCAGCAGGAGGUUCUGGCGGCUCUACAACCCCCUCCCACAAUUAGAAAACUCAUCAUUAGAGAGUAUAAAGGUGGUAGGCCUGCACCGUGGAUGAAUACUCAAUCUCUUUCUCGGCUUGAAUCUCUUGAAUUAUAUAAUUGUACAAAUUUGGAAGAGCUGCCCCCUCUAUGGAAGUUGCCCUGCCUUAAGUUUAUAAAAUUGAGUGACAUGAAAGUUAUAAGAAGUUUGGGUUGUCACUCCUCAGAUAUGAUGGACAGACAAUUUUCGGUUUUAGAGAAACUUGAGUUUCGGGAUCUUCCCCUCUUGGAGGAAUGGAAUGGUGCGGAUGACUAUCAAUGGUUCCCUUGUCUCAAAAGGUUUGAAAUUGAAAAGUGUCCCAAACUAAAAAAAAUUCCGGACCUUCCGUUAUCUAUAGAGAAUCUUUGCAUGAAAAAGUUGGGGUUAGAAGCUCUUCCACGGUUCUACAAGUGUUCUAAUGGUUCUACGACAUUUGAAGGAUUUCAACAAUUGAUGUCCCUCGAGUUCCUUGAAAUGGAUGACUAUUCUGAGAUUGUAGAUAUUGGAUCAAUUGGUGAAGAGGAUGGUAAUUUCCUUCCGUCGGAACUGAAAAAACUCAAACUUAAAAUUCUUAACAAACACGAAGAUUUGGCAAGUUAUCUACGAGGUCUUACUUCGCUCACUGAAUUGUCAUUAAGUCGUUUACAGGGCAUGACAUCACUUCCGUUAACAAAUGAGCUGGAACAUCUCACUACACUUCGAAGCUUGUAUAUUUGUGAUUGUGAAGACUUGACUUCACCUGGAGACGUAUAUAUUAUAAAAUCUCUUAAACAUCUAUAUAUGUAUAAUUGUCCAAAAUUCCUCACUGCUGAGGUUGAGUCACAGCAACUUUUAAAAGACAAGACAAGGAAGCAUGCGGCAUCAUCUUCCUCAGUUUUUGACCACUCUACGAGUAAUAAAGCUGCUAGCACCCUUCCAUCCUCACUUGAAUCCCUAACAUUUUCAACGUCUAAGAUUUCACAAGAGUCAUUGGGUUGCUGCCUUCAAGGGCUUACCUCCCUCAAAAGCUUGGAUAUAUCAAAGUGCAAUCAUUUGGUGUCUCUUCCCAACAUAGAGUAUCUGCAUAAUUUGACAGUGUUGUGGAUUUCUGAUUGUGAAGAAUUAUGUAAAUUGGAGUCAUUGACGGCACUUAUCUCCCUCAGACAAUUGUUUAUUUCCAACUGCCCCAAAUUAAUCGCUACAACAAUGUCCACUGUACAAAAUCCUGCAGCAACAACAGAACAAAGUGCAACAAAGAUAAAGAAGGGAACAUUACCUUCAAUUGAAACUAUUCAGAUUGACAACAUCUUCUGUCUAUCCAUUUUGCCGAUUCCAGAAAAGCUAAAGACCCUUUCUAUCCUAAACGAAAUCACUUGUUUUCCUUCUGAGAUAGAGGAAUAUCGGGAGUCUCUUAAUAUUGGAACAGAUCCCUCAUCUGCAAUCUUUACCCACAAUUUUGGAGAGUUUUUCAUCGCUCAAGGCUCUUAGUAUAUCUUAUGCUCCAGAACUCAAGUCACUACCCAGGAUGCCUGCCUCACUGGUGCAACUGACGAUUAAUGGAUGCAGUGCAAAACUUGAGAAGCGUUGCCAAAAGAACAUCGGCCCGGACUGGCCUAACAUCGAGCACAUCCCUCACAUUAAUAUUACAGCGGUCAAAGAGGACAAGGCCAAGGUGCGUUAAUGCUAACAAGGAAUAUCACCACUUUGUUCAUGCUGCAUUUUGUGUUUGCUUAUUGAAUCACCUCAUUAACACUUACCAUGCCAUGGACUAAUUUUUCUCAAAUUGCUCGUCUACAUUUUAUUCUCUGAGCUAUUUAAUAAUCUUUAUUUAUGUUGCUUAUUUUGUGUUCUACACGUUUCACCUCAAGCUCGAGUUAAUUGCAACUGUGACGGUAGCAAGCUUUGGAGUUCCACAUGAUCAUAUAUGUAUAUAAUACCAACUACAGGACCUGACCAUUUAUCCAAAGGGCAAGCUAUCAAUUUGGAUCCAAUCGCUUUGUGUUUUAAGUUUUUGUUUUCAUUCAUUUUGAAAAUAAACUCACCUUGGGUGUUGUUUUCGUUCGACACUUUUAAAACACAAUUGUGUUCCAAAGAGAUUGAUGCUUCUGUUGAAGCUGAAAAAGAAUUACUGAAAUUUGAUGAUGUUCUUGGGAAAUUAAGGGCAUGUGUGAACAAUUUGAAUACCACUGCUUCAAAACUGUCCAAGUAUAUUUAUCUAUUUCAGCUUUAUAUUAUUUGUUUUAAUGGCAAAUUAAUCUUCUUGUCCAUUUUCGAACUCUUGAAAUGUUUGCAGAAAGUCUUAUAGUCUUGAAAAGAACAACACCAUAUGCACCAUCAUUCCUAGAGAUCCACAUUCAAUAGUGAGCAAAUAUGGCUGCCAAGGACUAGGCGACGAUCGAACUUUUCUUCCACUCGUGUCACAGAGCCUACAAGCAUUGUAGCUUGUGAUGAAAUAUAUGAACAAAGACUAUGUAUCUUAAGCGCAUCUACAGCUUCCUCAAGCUUUCUCCCCUCUCCUCAUGUUGAGAAACUUAAUAACUCCAAUUGUUUGUCUAAGUAGUAAUUGGAGCUAAUCUAUGAGAAUUUUCAAUAUUUGACCUUAGGAGCUGUUAUAUUUUUUGUUGAACAAUUGUGUGGUUGAACAUUCAUCUUGUGUGAUUGAACAUUUUUCUAUUUCGAACUUUA